AUGGACCUCAAUGGCAUCGCCCCUAUGCUGCUGGACGGCCCCACGCUGGGGUCGCCUGAUGCCAUGGCCCUGUUCCCAAUUGACGGGCCGCUGCGUCAGCACCCUGGCCAUGUGCAGCUCAGUCACGACGCCUAUGACUUGCAGCCGUUUGAGUGCGAGCCACAGCUGCAGCAGCAACACCAGUUGCAGCAACUGCAGCAACAUCAGCGACAGUAUCAGCAGAUGCACUGUGAACAGCAGCAACAGCAGCAGCAGCAGCAGCAGCAGCAGCAGCUGAUGUACGGUGUGCAGCAGCAGUCGCAGCAUAUGCAGCGACAGUGGCUGCCACCCAUCGAGGGCUCGUGUCUGCUGCCGCCGCUGAACGGCGGAGACAGCUCCCAGCGCUCAACAGGCAGCGUCGGCUGCAGGCGGCGCGAUCCUGCGGGUUCCCCGGACUCGCCCAGUGUGCUGAAUGUUGGCGGUGCAGCGCUGAGGGUCAAUCAGCACAAUAUUCUACAGCAGCAGCAGCAGCAGCAGCAGCAGCAGCAGCAGCAGCAGCAGCAGCAGCAGCAGCAGCAGCAGCAGCAGCAGCAUCUCCAGCUGCAGCAGCGCCACGCGAUGCUGCAGCAGGCUGUUCUGCGCCAGGAGCGGCAGCUGUUCGAGACGCAUCACCUUGCGGCCUCGCACGCACAAGCUCGCAGCUUGGCGACGUCCCACCAGCAGGCACAGCUGCAGCGUGCGCAAGCGGAGCAGAUGCGCGCUCUGGCGGACGCGCAGCGCGCCGAGCUGGACGCGCUGCACGGGUCCAUGCUGCACAGCUCCGGCGGUGUGGAUGCCAUGCGCGCCCACAUUGCGCAGCAGAUGGCGAUGCGUGAUCAGCUCCUGCAGCGCACAGAGCGGCUCGCUGCGGAGGUGCACAGGCGCGAGGCAGUAGCGGCCACGGCUGGCGGGAGUCAUGUUCCGCAGGCGCCAUCGCUGCUGAUGCAGCACUCGCACGACAGUGGGCCGUGGCAAGCGCAAGCGCUUCAGCAGCAGCAACAGCAGCAGCAGCAGCAGCAGCAGCAGCAGCAGCAGCAGCAGCAGCAGCAGCAGCCGAUGCUAAUGCAUCACGCCGACGCGCUCCCUCCUCAUCAGAUGCACCUUGCAGCAGCCCACCCCAACCAGCGCAUUUCGGCAAUUGAGGCAGCGCGCCAGCUGAAAGCGCUGCUGUCAAGCCUGCCCCCAGAGCAGCGCCGCGCAUACGCGUCUGACCUUAUGCGGCGCCGCGGGCAGCUGCUGGCCGCCGGCGCGAGCGGCGCGGGUGCGGCCGACGUCGGUGCAGCUGCCUUGGAGCAUUGCCAAAUGCUAAUGGCGAAAGGGCGGGCACACCCGGCGUCGGCAUCGGCUGCGGCGGCAGCUGCAGCUGCUGCUGGGGCAGCGCCAGGGGCAGCGCUUGACGCUCCACUCCAUCAGGCAGCUUUGGGGCUUGCGCAGCAAGACAUGUCUGGUCGCACCGGCCAAAAUGGCGAGCUUGCCGCCAUGGACCCCUGGGCUGCAGCUGCCCGCGGCAGCAAUGGCACCAGCGAGACUCUGCUGCUGCCGCCCUCCACAUCACUGCCGCCAGCAGGCCACAGGGACAGACUGCUGUGCGGCGUGCAGCGCGCGGCUGCCGCGGCCCCUGAGCACCACAGCGAGGGCGAGGGCGGCGGUAGCAGCGCGGACGGUGCAUCCGCAGCAGCAGGCGGUGCCGCUGGGCGUGACACGGCGGUGAGCGAGGUGCGGCUGGUGGUGACUGCGCUCGUGCACAGCACUGUGGCGGCCCUUGAGGGUGAGGCCGCCGCAGCGGCUGCGUUCAUGGCAGGUACAGACGCCAGGGCGCCACAGCCCCCGGCUCCGACUGCUGCCGCCAGCCUCAUGGACCAAUGCUCCCCAAAUGUGGGCGCCAGCGGCAGCGGUGGCGGUUGCAGCGCGCCUGCGCCCUCCAGCGCGGUGUGCGCUGCAGUGCGCGACGGUAUUGGUGGCUUACUGGGCAGCGUCAGCACCAGCUGCAACAGCCAGCCGUGUGCCAGCAAUGAGUUCGCGUACGUCCCUGCUGCGGCUGCCGCCGCGGACGGCGCCGCGCCUGCUGUGGGCAUGCAGUGCCCCGCCAUUGAUGACGACGCGGUGAGGGCCCUGCUGCUGGGGGACGACCUCGCCCUGGUGGAGGGCGGCGGCGCCGAGGAGGGCGGGCUGCUGGACGACUUCCUGGCCGGCUUUGGCGGCGACGACGAGCUUGUGAUGGGAGGGGGCGCUGUGACGCGCGCGGGCGCGGCCCGGCAGCCCGCCCUGCAUGCAGGCGAACAGGGGCUGGCGUGGGGCAUGCAGCUGCCAGGGGUGUGCCACCUGGCGGCGACGCUGGGGCGGCAGGAUGACGUGCUGAUGGCGCCGCAGCACGCCCUGCCGGGCGGCAGCCACAUGAGCAGCGCGUCGCAGUGCAUGCACCCCCACCCCAUGUCGGGAACGUCAGUGCACCUGAUGCACUCGCAGCCGCACCAGCCCGAGCCGGACGUGCGGGCACCCUCCUUCUCUGCCUGGAGGGCAACGACAGAGCACCAACAUGCCGCGCUGCUGGCAGCUCAUCAGCAGCAGCAUCAGGAGCAGGUGCAGGCCCAGAACUACCUGGCGCAUCAGCAUCAGCAGCAGCAGCAGCAGAAGCAGCAGAAGCAGCAGCAAGAGGCCAACACAUACACAGCGCAUGCCUGGAGGGGGCGAGGGGGGUCUGAUGUUUGGGAUGCUGCAGGUGGCCACCUGGCGGCACCUGGCAUGCACCCCGCGCACCUGGCGGGCGUGCCACACCAGCCCUUGGGCGCCUUGGGAGGUCACCGCGGGAUGCAGUGGGCGACGCAGUGCUCGCUGCACGUUACGCGCAGCAGUGCGCCAGGGCAGCAAGGUGUGCAGCAGCAGGCGACGCCGUUCGCGCGAGCGGAGAACCAGCCGGCCGGAUGUGCAGUGGCCGGUGGCGCAAUCGGCCGUGCACCAGGCCUGGCUGGCGAGUGCGCGUUAGCGGGAAUGGUGCCACGGGCCCUGGGGAAUGGCAGUGGGCCGCUGCCCUGCACCGCCGCGGAUGAGCCCAGUGCUGGGCCGCGCCGCGGCGCGAUCCGCUUUGCCAGCGGCGCGGGAGCCCCCCUGUACCCGGAGUCAGGGCAGGGCGCAGACGAGCACGCGCUGCAGGCCGCGAUAGCACCCACAGAGGGCGGCCAAGGAGCGCCCCUUGCACGCAGCGCGAGCGGCGGCCUGACGCUGCGCAAGCGCGGCUCCGGGUCUCUUGGACUGGGCGCGGCCGAGGCGCCGCGCCUCAAGCCCUCUAAGAGCCAGCGCCUGCUCAGCGACGACGCAGACUCGGCUCCCGCCCCCAGCCCGGCCACCGCAGCGACGGCAGCGCCGCCGCUGCCCCGCGCCGCCGCCCGCGCCCUGGCAGUUUCUGGAGGCGGCACGGCCGCCGCCGACGCAGCGAGUGGUCGGCGGGCCUCGUUCUCAGACUUGGUGACUGCCGGCUACAUCCUCCCCGGGCUGUAUGAGUUUGGGAUCGGCACCGCGCAGUGCGUGACGGCCGAGGUGACGGAGUCCGGCACGAUCCGCUGCGCCGGCGAGGAGCACGGCAGCAUCAGCAGCUUUGCGCUGGCCGCAGCGCGCUGCCGCAACCCGCUGCGCCAGGCUUGCGACGGCUGGAAGGAGGUGCGCCUGGGGGGCCGCAAGCUGGAGGCCUGGAGGGACGCAUUUGUGCGCGGCGUCAGCCCGCCAAACGCGCCACAUAAGGAGGUGGCGGCGGCGGCAGCGAUGGAGGUCCAGGCCGCGCCGUCGGCGGAGCUCGAGACGGCCCGGGCUGCUGGCGCACCUGAUAGCCCUUAG